ACCGAGAAACACGUGUAAGGAUACAUCUCUGAAGUGCAUCACUAGUUUCGAAAAUGAACAAACAGAGACCAAGCACAAGCCCGGUGGCGUUGGUCUUCAAUGCUCUCCUGUUGUUUGCUCACGGGGUGGCCAGCCAAGGAGACGAAUGCACCUUGCUCACUGACUGCCCCAAGCUCCUCGAUCUCCUUAAGAACCCAACGCUGGACAGCAUCAGGGAACUACAGGCAGCUACGUGUUUCAUUAACAAGCGACAGCCAUGGGUGUGCUGUCCCGCCCCUGUCACCGAGCCUCCUAAAGUCAUCAAGGAAUCCCUCCUGCCUCCGAACUGCGGCCUUGUGGGGGACGUCAGAGUGGUAGGAGGCGAAGACGCCCCAAUCGACGCCUAUCCUUGGAAGGCAGUUCUGGGAUAUCGAAUUGGAGGUUUACCCGAAAUACACUUUGAAUGCGGAGGUUCAGUCAUCAACGAGAGAUAUAUCAUGACGGCUGCUCACUGCGUCAAUGCCAAUAUACUGAAUGAGCGAGAACUCGAACUGGCCGUAAUUCGACUGGGCGAAUGGGACCUCUCCACGGAAAUGGACUGCACCAACACCAGCAAUGGAAGCCGGUUCUGUGCUCCUCCGGUCCAGGAUUUUGACUUUGAGGAAGUUAUUGAACACCCAUCCUACGACAACCGGACGCUCUUCUCAGAUGACAUCGCUCUGAUUCGACUGAGCAAACCAAUCAACUUCCUGACAUCAGCAGGUUUCAUCCAACCCGUGUGCCUCCCGCCCGCCGAUUUAUCCCUGAGCGCCGAGGCCAGGAGCCAAGGAGCGAUCGUGGCCGGCUGGGGCGUCACCGAGAAGGGAAUUCAGAGCGACAGGCUGCAGCAUCUCAUCCUGCCCUUCGUCGAGAACAAAGAGUGCAACGAGAGGUACAGAGGCAACCUGGUCGCGGAACAGAUCUGCAUGGGAGGGGAAGCCGGCAAGGACUCCUGCAGGGGGGAUUCCGGAGGCCCUCUGAUCAUGAAAGCAGGAUCCGAAAGAGAGGUAUCGAUGCAAAUUGGGAUCGUAUCCUACGGUCCUACGAGUUGCGGCCAGAAAGGAUUCCCUGGCGUCUAUACUUCCGUCAGCCAUUAUAGGUCCUGGGUCGAGGAAACUCUUAGGCCGUAGAUAAAGAAAACGGAGAAUGGAGGUAAGAAAACGGGAAGAGGAGUUAAGAAAAUGGAGGUAAGAAAACGGGAAGAGGAGUUAAGAAAACGGAGAAUGGAGGUAAGAAAACGGGAAAUGCGAAGGGAUGAAGUAA